AUGAAUCAUACAGCGCUAACAGGUGUAUCUCCAAGUUUUGUUGUGCCUGUUAGUGACGGCAGUAAUAAUAAUAACAACAACAACAACAGUAGAAACAACAAUAACGGUGACGGUAAUACUGGCAGCGUUGACGUUAGUAACAACAAUAACAAUAAUAAUAUUAACGGUGGCGAAGUUCCAUUUGAUCUGUGGAACCAAGAAUUGCUUCGAGAGAAGUGCAACAGUAUUUUUAGUCAACCGAAUUCGCAUGCUUUAAACGAUAGACAAAUUCAAGAGGCACUAUCACCCUUUUUCUCUGGCGUUGAUGUUACCCAUUUGCCAAUGACAAAUCCACCAAUUUUUCAGUCAAGUAUAGCACAGUAUGAUGAACCGAUAAGAAGGAGAAGAAUCAGUAUAGGUAACGGUCAAAUCGGUCAGCUAGGAGAAGAUGUAGAGACUGUGGAAAAUCUUUAUGAAUCACAGGUACCGCCCAUGCCACCGAUGACACACCAUGCAUCAUCAACUCAGCAAAUGCACCAAGCGCCGCAAUUUCCACCGAACCUAGAUGAUCAUGGGAUAUCUUCCUUAAAGCCACAGACAUCGUCGGUACCAGCUGGUCAAAAUCCACCGCCAUCGAUCCCUAUGACAAGGAGUAAUAGUAGUUCUAGUAGUACUCCUGCACCUGGUACUUCAGGCUGGAAGAGGGCAAGAAUGUUAGAAAGAAACCGUGUGGCAGCCUAUAAAUGUAGGCAACGUAAAAAGGUGGCACAAGUUCAACUACAAAAGGAUUUUGAUGUAUUGGCUGAAGAAAAUAGAGUAAUGAAGAAAAAGUUGGACUACUAUGAAAAAUUAGUAACGAAGUUUAAGACUUUUUUUGAAGGCCAUUUAGGUAGAUGCGCGUCCAACGAAAGGGAAUCUCUUAAAAUUAUUGAGAGUAUGCUAAGAAUUGAUUCAGGUGUAAGUGAAGUGGAUGACAGCGGGCUUGUGGUGAAGAUGGAGACUUAG